AUGGGCAAUGCUUCGGAGGAAAUAAAAGGCACAAGAAUCAGAGCCUGCACGGAAUGUCGCCAGCAAAAGCUUCGAUGCGACGCCUCGAAAGACUACACACAGCCAUGCUCGCGGUGCAAACGGUUUAAAUUGGAUUGUGUUGUCUCCAAGAACUUCAAACGGGUGAAACGACGCACAAAGUCCGAACUGCAAGCCGAGCUAGAUCAAUUGAAGAAGCAAGUCGGGACUAGUACGCCUGGACAGAAAGUUCAGUCGCAAUCCACGGACAAUCUACUUCCUGGGAGACUUCUGAGUUUCCAAAGCGCACCAACAUCGACGGGAGCACUCGCGACAGCUCAGCUCUCCAGUUUCAACCCUCACUCGUUAGAUGCUUCGACAAGUGUCCCCGCUCCUCCAGGGCCAGUUACAAAUGGUGGUGGUAUCCCAUCUGCCAGUGCCCAAUCCGCCGCCACCCGGUCGCAAACUAUUCAAGAUCUGGCUGUUGAUGCGCAAGACAUUGAUGAAUGCUUCGGAUUGUUUUUUGAGAAGAACUUACCAUACCUGCCAAUUUUUGACAAUAAACUGCACCCGAAUGACUGCCAUGCAGCUUCCCCAUUUCUAUUUUGGACUAUAGUUGUCAUUGGUUCAAGAAGGUAUUCGAAGGAUCCAACCUUGAUCCUCCUUCUCGCUCCCAAAGUCUUGGACCUAGCAAAAGGAGCAAUUUUCUCGCUUGAGAGAGUUUUACCGACGAUACAGGCUCUUGUACUUCUCUGCACAUGGCAAAUGCCUAUAGAUACGUUGCAGAAGGAUAUUACCCCGCAACUAGCGGGCGCCAUGAUACAGCUUGCAAUAAACGUUGGCCUUCACGUUUAUGGCUCUGUUCAGGACUUUACUCGAGUGCCGCUCAAAUAUGACAGUCAGCAGAGAAGCUUCCGGACCAGACUGUGGUCGAUGUGUCUAUAUACCUGCCAAAGAGUCAAUAAUGCACGAGGCUUGCCGCCCUUGGUAUUAGCAGACACUUAUUGCCAUGAAGGCUACAAACAAAAUCCACUAGACACAUUAUCUCCGCCGGUACGGUUUCAGAGGAAAUUAAACCAGAUGGUCAGUGAGGCCAUUUUACAAAUCGAUCGGGAUGCCUUGUCCAAAAGGCCAGAUGAGCGUAACAUGAUGCUUGGACCUACGAUCAAUGCUUGCCUCUCGAAAUUGGCUGUGUUAAGUGUGGGAUGUCCUUCAAAACUUGAUCAAUUCGCGCUCCUAAUUGCCGAAUUACAAGUCUCAGCCUGCCGCUUGAUUGCGCCCUCAUCGAACAUCGAAAACGAGGACCUUAUCAACAUGUACGGAUUUGCUUGUGCCCUGAUCGAGCUCGCUACAGAACUCGAUCAGGAGCAAGGAAUGGCUGAGUAUGGCUCGACAAAUAUCAACAUGAACUGGAAUCUCUCGGCUUUCAUUAUACUCCGCAUUGGAAAGUCUCAUGUCCGCGAAUCGCUAGACUUAAAGCGAGGGCAAAGGUGUUAUUUCUCCGCCAUCAAUCUGAACAAGAGACAAAGUGUUAGGUCAGACGAUAUAUCGGCAAGGGCGACGAUGAUCUUGUCACAAUUAUGGACAAGUAAGGUGGUCAUCAAACAACCCGAUGGCACCCCCGAUAGUCUAUGGCUCCGUUGUCGAAACAGACUUGGAGUGAGUGUGACCUUUGACUGUUUCUGGUUGUGGCGACAAGAAUUCGGAGGCCAGCCAAAUCCGUAUGAGGGAGUUGAAGACGAAAAGGCUAACACGACUGCUAAACCCGUCAUCUGGAACUCACCAGGUACAGACUCAGUUAACAUGAUGAUGGGUAUCGGGUGGUCACCAGACACCGUUUUCCAGGACUUUCAAUGGCCGAUCUUUGACGAAUUUUUGUAUGACGGCUGGAUGAGAGGAGGCAAUGAUGAACCGACCAUGACACAAUAA